AUGGGUUUGCCCAACAAAAAGCGCAAGCAGCAGUCGGCUGCCGGCCCCCAUGCAAAGCGCAGCAAAGGUGGCAAGCAGAGCAUCCCCCGCCACCGUGUCGAAGACGCCGGCUCGCUGGCGUGGCAGACGUUUGGUGAAGAGUUUGGCGGCCUCGAGGUGAUUGAGGGGGUCGACGUCAUCAAGGAAGGCGACCGCGUGUCCUUCCUGGUCGCGGCAGACACGCCCGCGGGCAAGGCCGCGGUGGCCAAGGACCAGGAAGACGACGGCGACGACGGCGAGGUGUUCGAGGGCUUUGGCGAUGACGACGACCACGUAAAUACCAAGGACGACGAGACAAAUACAACGGAGAAGGCGGAAACGAUACCCGAGGCGAAGAAGAAAGCGGAAAAGAAGACGAAGAAAACGGCGCCGAUGAAUGCGCUGGAUCGCAAGCUGGAGGCGCACACGACGAGCCAGAAGAAGCAGAAGGGCGGCAGCGCGCAGACAAACUCCUUCGAGGCGCUGAUGGACGCAGACGACGACGAUGACGGCUUGAACCUGGAGGCCUGGGUCGCGCUGAACCUCUCGCCAGCGGUGGUCUCGGCCGUGGGCAAGCUUGGCUUUGCCCGCCCGACCGCGAUCCAGGAGCAGUCGAUCCCGCAGAUCGCCGCCGGCGCCGACGUCAUCGGCAAGGCGCAGACGGGCUCCGGCAAGACGCUGGCCUUUGGCAUCCCGAUAGUCGAGCGCUGGCUGGAGCUGCGCGACAACGACGAGGAAGAUAAGGAGGCGGAUGGGGAGGAGGAAGAGGAGAAGGAUGAAGGCCGGCGGCGCAUCCCCACCGCGGUGAUCCUGAGUCCGACGCGCGAGCUGGCCAAGCAGAUUGGCAACCACAUCAUGGCCCUGUGCGAAGGGCUGCCGUCGGCGGCGCCGUUCGUGUGCGUGGUGACGGGAGGGCUGAGCAUCCAGAAGCAGCAGCGGCACCUGGCAAGGGCCGACAUCGUCGUCGGCACCCCUGGACGCCUGUGGGAGGUCCUGGACGGCGACGUGCGCCUGCAGCGCGCAUUCAGCCGCGUCCGUUUCCUGGUCGUCGACGAGGCCGACCGGCUCUUCAAGGUCGGCCAGUUCAAGGAGGCGGAGCUCAUCAUCGGCGCGCUGGACCGGCGAAACCCGGAAGCGGCCGACUCCGAUGACGAAGAGGACGAGGAGCACGAGGAUGGGGAGGGACGCCCGACGAGGCAGACGCUCGUCUUCUCGGCCACGUUUGACAAGGACCUGCAGACCAGGCUGGCGGGCAAGAAGCGUCCGAGCGCGCAGGGCAGCACCGACGAGGAGAAGAUGGCGUACCUGAUGAAGUCGUUGAAGUUCCGCGGGCAGCCGAAAUUUAUCGACGUGAAUCCCGUCAGCCAGAUGGCCGAGGGCCUCCGCGAGGGCCUCAUUGAAUGCGGUGCCAUGGAAAAGGACCUUUACCUCUACUCGGUACUGCUUCUCAACCCCGGCCGGCGGACGCUCGUCUUUGCCAACUCCAUCUCCGCCGUGCGUCGCCUCACGCCCUUCCUGCAGAACCUCAACAUCGCCGCGCAGCCGCUCCACUCGCAGAUGGCGCAAAAGGCGCGCCUGCGCUCCCUCGAACGCUUCACCGCCGGCGGCAGCCCCGUGCUCGUCGCCACCGACGUCGCCGCGCGCGGCCUCGACAUCCCCUCCGUCGACGUGGUCGUGCACUACCACGUGCCGCGCGCCGCCGACACCUACGUGCACCGCUCCGGGCGCACCGCCCGCGGCGCCCACGCCACCGGCGUCAGCGUCCUGCUCUGCUCCCCCGACGAGGUGCUCCCCACGCGGCGCCUCGCCGGCAAGGUGCACGCCUCCCGCCGCGGCGGUGGCAAGCGCGAGCACGUAAUCGAGACCCUGCCGCUGGACAAGAAGGUGGCGGCGAGGCUGAAGCCCCGCGCGGACAUGGCGAAGGCGCUGGCGGACGCGGCGCUGGCCAAGGAGCGCGCGCGCGGGGAGGACAGGUGGCUGCGCGGCGCGGCGGACGACCUGGGCGUCGAGUACGACUCGGACGAGUUCGACGCGGGAGGCGCUGGCGGGUUUCGGGGAGGACGGGGUGGCGGGCGGAAGCGCAAGGAGAAGGAGGCGGCGGGGCUGAGCAAGGCGGAGACGGGCGCGCUGAGGGCGCAGCUGCGGGAGGACCUGGCGCGCAGGGUCAAUCUGGGCGUCAGCGAGCGGUACAUCGCGGGCGGCCGCGUGGACGUGGCGCGGCUGAUCCGGGAGAAGGAGCAGGCGUCGGUGGGAGGGCUGUUUCUGGGCGGGGACGACUCGUUCGGGUUGGGGUUUGGCGUGAGGCUGUAG